CUUCCUUCGCCAAAAUGCUCACUUCCCAAUAAGCAGUAUCUAUUCUCUAUACACAAAUUGCAGAGAAAAGAGAUAGAGGUUUGUGACAGUAGUUCACGUGACAUGGCUACAAACCAACCUUCAUAUUAUAACCAUGCAGAUGAAGAUUAUAUUGAUAUGGAGCUGAGCUCUUCUUCCAACUUCUUCUGUUACUCAAUUCGUUCUCCACCACAAACCAGAGAAUUUGAGUUUCAAAUGACUUCAAUUUCACAUGAAAAAGAACCCACAACUUCUCCAGCAGAUGAGCUUUUCUACAGAGGAAAUCUCCUUCCUCUUCACCUCCCUCCUCGCUUGCAAAUGGUUCGAAAAAUCCUCGAGAGUUCUUCCAGCACAACCACUGAACAUGAUAAAGCUGCUCAUGAAGAAGAAGCCUUGGAAGAAAACUAUGGCAUUCCUUUGAUCAUCAGUAGCUCCACCACACCUACUAAUACCAGUACCCCACUUGAAUCCUGCAACAUUUCACCAUCGGAGUCUUGCCGGGUUAGCACUGAACUAAACCCAGGUGAGUAUUUUUUCCAAUGGCCAACUGAAACGAGUGGAUUCAUUAAUGGUGAUCGUCCAAAGAGGUCUUGGUCCAAGAAGCUGAAGCAAAUCAAGCAAUUCGCACUGGGUCAAAAGCUCAAGGCUUCAAGAUCAUAUCUCAAGUCUUUGUUCAGCAAAUCUGGUUGUUCAAAUGAAUCCUCCUGUGCCAAGGCAGCAGCUUGUAAUGUAGAAGCAAAAGUUCCCUCAAAGGAAGAGGACUGUCUGCAACAGUUCACGAAGGCAGCCAAGAAAAACCCAUUUGACGGAUACCAGAUAUCAACGACUUUGAUGAAGAGCAUUGAAAGAGAGAUGCUGGAGGAAAGUGUUACUACCCACAGGAGGUCAUUUUCUGGCGUGAUUCAACGGCCUUCUGCGACGAAGUCUUCAUCUUCGUCUACAUCUUCAUCUGGUUCUUCAUCUUUUUCAUUUGGUUCAAGCGGUUUUUACGAUUUGCAGCUGCUCAAGAGGAGUUGCAGCGCAAAUUCAGAGACAGAAGGUUCGAUAGAGGAAGCAAUCGCUCACUGUAAACAGUCUCAGCGGCUGUAUAGUUCUCCAAGGGUAGCCAGUGAAGCUGGUGUUUGUUCACAGCUGUUUGCUUCAAGGACUGCAGUUUGUGAGGAUAUUAAUGAACAAAGAAGAGGAUUUUGCAGCAUCUGAUCGAUGGCUAUCGCCAUGGGGGAAAAGAAGCCCGUGAGAGAGACAAGGUACGACGUUGCGAGUAAGAUGGAAACACGUGCAGUUCUUGUUCAACUUUCCGAAAGGAGUACUGUCACUGAAUGUAUUUCGAUGUUCAGAUGGUUGCUUGGUUUUCAUGUACUGAUAGAUUCGUUCAUCGAUCUUUAAAGUUAAUCAGAAGUUUUAGAAUUAUAGUCAAAUUAACAUGGAACAGGCCGGAAGAUAUGAUUGCUUGGCCUUGCUUUUGUUUUGCUA